AUGAUUGAACUGGCAGUUGUGUUCGAGGAUGGUUUAAAGAAAAUUGAAAAGUCUUAUCAAUUUGAUGAUAAGGCUGAAUUUCAAGCUCAAUUUUACAAUGUGUGUGGAUUGUUUGAAAUACAAAACGUUAAGAGGGAUAAAUUUUCUUUACAAUUUGAUAAUCCUAGUACCGGAACAUAUUAUUUUAGCGAUAGUACUCUUAGUAAGAACUUUUUUAAGGGAAAAGAGAAAAUGUCUGCUUAUUUAAAACUAAGACCUGAAUUAAAAUCUAGGGACUAUAUCAAUAUUCUUGACUCGGAUGAUAGAGUUGAAAAGGGUAAAAUAUUGUUUCAAUUGAAGGAAACAUUGCAAGAUACCACUUUUUCUGAAGAAUUUAUUUCUAUGAAUGGUAUUGCCAUUUUAGCAAAAGAAGUUACACAUCUGAAAGGUAACCUCCAAGGUUAUGGUUUAGCCGCAUUGAGAAGUGCCCUAGUUUACGUAUCUGCCAUGGAUGUAAUUUCUCAAUCUCCUUCUACUGUUUCAGAAAUUUAUAACUUGACUGAUACCUCAAGUGGAUAUCAAAAUGUUCAGAUUUACAAAAAUGCUUUAGAAUUGAUGAUUGUUUUCUGUAGUUAUUUGGAUAAUGGUAUUAAAUUAGUGAAAAGAUCAGCAAAAGAUCUUGCAACUAAAUGCAAACAACAACCUUUCCAAAACAUAAUGGAUAUUUUGAAGAGUGGAGAUUUGCUUGUUCAAGUAAAUUGCUUGACAUUACUUAACGUUAUACUUUCAAAGUCUUCAGAGGACAAGAAGAGAAAAUUACUCUUCAUGUGGAGAAAGGCUGACCUGGAAAGUACAUUGGAUUUUGCCAAUAGGUCAGAAUUUCCUGGUGUUAAAGAACAAUUAUCAAUCUUCCAAAAGAUCUCGAAGAUUGAAAUACCAAGAUCAUGGUAUGUUUGCGAGAAAAUGAAGAUUGAAUUAGACAAGGUUUCUUGUAAAUAUGAACAAACACAAGAAAAACUAUUUGCAUUCCAAAGACAGCAAUCCACAAUUAGAGUUCUCAAACAAGAGCUUCAAAAAUGCUACGAGACUGUAAACAUUUUUUCAAUGAAAUGUGGAUUUACUGAUAGAAUGUGUACUUCUCAAAGACUUGAUACUGAUGCUGUUUUAGAAUUCUCCCCAGAUAAAGUAAUUGAUCUUAGCAGGUUCCAAAGAAAGAAUCUUGAAUUAACUGAACAAUUUCAAUUGCUUCAACAAGCAAGAAAGGAGCUAGCCAAACAAUUUUUAAAGGAUCCAAACUUUGCGGACAUUAUUCCACAACCAGAAGUGAAGAAAGAUGAAAUUGAUGAGCUUUUUGCUAGUGAUUCAGAGGAUGAAUUGCCUCUGCCUCCAGAAGAUGACCCAAGAGAUGAAGAAAUUGAAGUUUUAAAGAGAAAGAUUGAUGAACUUUCUUUAGAAUUAGAUAAUGAAAGAACAAGAAGUUUUGCAGAAGCUGACUAUGCAACAAGGCAACUCGAAAACCUCAAAAAAGAAGUGGCUAACGCAAAUAGACUCUUGAAAGAGGCCACCAGCAAUAACUUGAAUCUUCAGAAGGAAAUCGAGCAGCAAAUUCAAAAUGCAGAAAAGUUGGCCGACCAAGUCUCACAGUCAAGUAACAAUACUCCACCGACAACUCUAACUCCUUCAACAUCAGUCCCUCCUGUGUCAAAUCCAACUAUUCCAGUACCGCCAACAUCUGUUCCUCCACCUGUCGGUAAUGUUCCUCCUCCACCAGUAUCUGAUAUCCCUAUGCCUCCAGGAAUGAGUAAUGUUCCUCCUCCACCAGGAUCGGGAAUUCCAAUGCCUCCUGGUUUUGGUGGUGUUCCUCCUCCUUCUGGUUCAGUAAUACCUCCCCCACCCGGUUUUGGUGGUGUUCCUCCACCUGGUAGCUCGAUACCAAUGCCUCCUGGUAUGAGCUCUGUUCCUCCUCCUCCUGGAUCUACUAUCCCUAUGCCUCCAGGAAUGAUGCCUCCUGGUUUUGGUGUUCCUCCUCCUCCUGGUAGCUCAAUUCCAAUGCCUCCUGGUAUGGGUGUUCCUCCUCCUCCUAUAAUGGGUAGUGUUCCUCCUCCUCCUGGAUCUACUAUCCCAAUGCCUCCUGGUAUGGUUGGUGUACCACCUCCUCCUAGUUCAGGAAUUCCAAUGCCUCCUGGUAUGGGUGGCGUCCCUCCUCCUCCUGGUAUGGGUGUUCCAAUGCCUCCUGGAUUUGGUGUGCCUGUUCCUCCUCCAGGAAUGGGUGGAAUGCCAAUGCCACCAGGAUUUGGUGUACCUCAAGUACCUGGAUUCCCUUCAUGUGGAGCUGCUGCUGCAACAUCUGUCAAACCAGUUAUUAAGCCAAAGAAAAAGAUGAAAAUGUUUUCAUGGGAUAAGGCAACAACAAUUCAAAAUACAAUUUGGACAAAUGUGGUAGAACAGGAAUUGGAUGCUGAUGAAUUUGAAGAAAUGUUUUCAAAGAAGGAAAGAAAAGCUCCAGAAAAGAAAGAAAAAAAGGAAGAACCAAAAUCAGUCCCAUUGUUGGAUCAAAAGACAUUUAAUAACAUCUCUAUCAUGUUGAAAAAACUGCCAAAAGUUUCUCAUAUUGAGCAAGGUGUUUUAAACUUGGACAGCACAAUUUUAAAUUAUGAACACGUAGAAUUAUUACUAGGAAAUAUGCCUGAUGCUGAUACCAUCAAUGGAUUCAAGGAAGUUCACAAAACAAAAGACUUGAAGGAAUAUUCCGAUCCAGAGUUGUAUUUGUAUUGUAUUAUUAACACACCAGAAUUUGCUACAAGAAUUAGAUGUUGGACGUAUACUUUACAAUUUGAAACAGGGUUGCUUAUUGUUGGAAAACCAUUAGAAACAUUUGAAAAUUCUGUUAAAAUUCUAAAAGAAUCAACUCAUUUCAAGAACAUUUUAGGUAUUGUUCUAGCUGUUGGUAACUAUUUAAACGGUGGCACAAAGAAAGGUCAAGCAGAAGGUUUUCAAUUAGAUAUCUUAUCAAAGCUCGAAGACACAAAGGAUAACGCAAAAGGAAACCUUGCAGAUUUUUGUGUUCAAAAAGUUCUUCCAAAAGAUGCAGAGUUUGAAGAAAUAACAACAGAAUUCGAAGUUUUUUCUAGGUCUAAAGAAUUUUCGUUGGAUGAUAUGAAAAAUCAAGUUGAAUCUCUUGUCAACAAUCUGAAUGACUUUAAGAAGAAGAUCAAAACUGUUCAAGGAAAAGUGGAAGCUGAAGAUAUCUUUUUAAAGAAAAUGUCUUCCUUCUUCAAGAAAGCCAAACAAGAAUGUGAUACUAUUGAAAAGAGAUUUGAACAAUUCAAGACAAACUUUACUAGUUUACUUAAAUAUCUUUCAUUCAAGGAUAAGGAUAUUGCAAAAGUUGACACAAAAGACUUCUUUGGAUCCAUGUUUUUAUUUAAUGAAAUUAUUAAGAGGUCAUUAGACAAGAUAAAGAGAGAACAAGCAAAAAAGAAGAAACAACCAGCAAAAGGUCUAGGUGCUAAGAUCUCAGCAGUUGGUUCAGGAGAAGAUGCCAUGGCAGCCCUUGUUGACAAGAUUAAGAGUGAUCUCAAGAAACAAUAA